CAUGCUUAUUUUUUCUUCCUAUAUAUAACAGAAGCUUGUUCUUCUCUAUCACAGCAGUUUCUUUCUUCUGUUUACUACAAAAUUGCAAUUACAAUUUACAAUCAUGGAUUCAAGAGUUGUUCAUAGUCAUGUUGAAGAGGAGAACAUUGAACCACAACAAGUGACGCUUGGCGCGGAAGAAAACCUUUCUCCUGAUCAAGAGAAGAAAUCUGUUCUGAAUAAGGUGAAGGCAAAGGCUAAGAAAAUUAAGGACACAAUUAAAAAACACGGUCAACAAGUACUUGAUCAUGGUAAUGGACAUAACAAUGAAAUUCAGCAUACUCAUGAUGAUAUCGACUUGGAUGAGGAUAAGCAACUGGUUCAAGACCCACAAGAUCAUCAAGCACCAAUUUAUGACAGUGAAGAUGUCAAAAGUGCUACACCUACACCUACACCAACAUCCGAGCAAGAUGAAAAUUUAGGAAAUUCAGGAAUUGAUAUUGAAGGUACGGGAGAAGAAUCCUCUCAUGAUCCACGGGUUGAAGGUGUUUCAUCAACCACCGAAAUCGAUCGAAACAUGUCCACUGACCAGGCCAAAACAUUUACUGUGGAAGAGAAGCCAGAGCAAUACAAGGCCAAUUUGGAGACGCCAACAGUCUUGGAGGAAGAUUCUCAAGAACAAGGAAGUAGAACCGAGGAAUAUACUCUUCCCAAUUAUCAAACCAAAGAAACUGAUCCAAGUGGUGCAGAAAGUGAUGAAAUAAAAGACAUUACACCACUCGAGGAAUCUCUCGAGAGAAUGAAUGUGCAUGAUGAGUCAAAACCUACCACAGAACCAAAAAUCCAGUCAUCUGUUGUCGACAUUGAAUACCCUCCUGCUGAGGCAUAUACUCUUCCCAAUUAUCAAAUCAAAGACACUGAUCCAAGUGGGGAAGAUGAAAGAAAAGACAUUAAACCACUUGAGGAAUCUCUUGAGAGAAUGAAUGUGCAUGAUGAUGAGCCAAAACCUACCACAGAACGAAAUAUCCAGCCAUCUGUUACUGACACUGAAUACCCUCCUGCUGUUGGAAGCCAUGAUCAGUUUGUGCCACACUUCUCUGAUGCAACAAAAACUCAGAAUGAAUAUCCUAGUGAAACAGUAUCCAAAGAUAAUAGAAACUGGGAAAUUUUGGAGGAAUAUUCUCAAGAUCAAGGAAGUAGAACUGAGGCAUAUACUCUUCCCAAUUAUCAAACCAAAGACGCUGAUUCAAGUGGGAAAGGAAGUGGUGAAGUAAAAGAAACAACAGCACUUGAGGAAUCUCUAGAGAGAAUGAAUGUGCAUGAUGAGCCAAAACCUACCACAGAACCAAAAAUCCAGCCACCUGUUGCUGACAGUACUGAAUACCCUCCUUCUUCUGGAAGCCGUGAUAUUGAUCAGUUUGUGCCACACCUCUCUGAUGCAACAGAAACUCCGAAUGAAUAUCCUCAGGUAACAGUAUCCAAAAACAUCAAUAGAAACCAAGAAAAUCCCUUGGAAAUUAGAGAAAAUUUUGAUACCAUCACAAACACCGUUGAGAAACAAUCAGGUUAUGAAGAACCAGUGGAGACGCAACCAAAACAAAAAGGUUACACAGAUGAAAUUGAAAUCUCGUCUGCGGAAGAAGCUGAUAAAACUCUCCCUCCUGAAAAUGACGAAGCUUCUAAGCUCGGAAAUGAUGAGAAAGUUGAGCAUCAAAAAAGUGAGAAUGGAAAUAACGUUGGUUAUUCUCUUACUGAGAAAUUAGCUCCAGUUUAUGGAAAGGUUGCAGAGGUAGGAAGUGCAGUGAAAUCCAAAGUAUAUGGAACUAAUGACGGAACUGAAACAAAAAAUGGGGACAAAGGGGUCACUGUGAAGGAUUACUUGGCCGAGAAGCUAAAGCCUAGUGAAGAAGAUAAGGCACUUUCUGAGGUGAUUUCAGAAACUUUGAAUAAAGGAAAAGAAGAGCCAUUGAAAAAAGAGGAUGGAAAGUUGGAUAGUGAGGUUGAGAAGUCUGACAAAGUGUUUGAAGAGAGCAAUGUGAAUAGUCCAGGAAAAGGCAUGGUUGACAAGGUUAAGGAUGCUGUUGGCUCUUGGUUCGUAAAAUCACCACAAGGUGGAGGAAUUGGUGAAGACUUAUCAAAGAAUAAAAAAUCUGUUGGAGAAGUGGAACAAGCUGUGGAUGAAGGAGGAAAACAGGAGUAAACCAAUUGAAGAACAAGUUACCUGAAUAAAGUUUUCUAUAUAUCUAUAUAUAAUACAUUUGUGAAGUGAUCAUGUUACUUGUAAUUAGAUAUUUGUUCAUGUUUUAUAUAGAAGUUAAUAAUCUAUUCAUGGUGGAUUCAUGAAUCAUGUCUAAAUUAUUAUGUUUGUAUUGUCGGAAUAUUUUAAUAAAUAUUUAAUUUAAUUAUUAUAUAUUCUAA